AUGAGCAAUGGUCGCAGGAGCAGCAGCAGCUUUGAGCAAACGGCGGCAUGUGUGCGGCCAAUACGGCGUGCAGCAGCCACCGUGGCCGUGGUGGUGCUGGCGUUCCUGCACGGGGGCCGCCCCGUGUCGGCGGCAGGAGCUGAGGAGUGGCGCGGGCGCGUGCUGUACCAGUUGCUGGUGGAUCGCCCGGUGGUGCGGCAGUGCCCCAGGCGGCGACUCGGGGUGGCACCCUACCACGGAUACUGGGCCCAGGAUCUAUACGCCAUCGAGCCUCACAUCGGCACACCAGACGACCUCCGAGCGCUGGUGGAGAAGGGCCACAAUGCUGGCCUCUUAGUGAUGCUGGACGUGGUGGCCAACCAUGUGGGCGCCUGCGACACAUCCACCAUCCACCCCUUUGACAGCCCAUACCACUACCACGACUGCUCAGGCUGCGACGGCAGCUGCAGCAUCCCCCGUGCCGCCUUUGAUGCGGCGGAUGAGGGCCCCCUGGAGCACUGCCGCCUGGCGGGGCUGCCAGACCUUAACCAGUCCCACCCCUUCGUGCGCCACGAGCUGCUGAGGUGGGUGGGCUUCAUGGUGACGACCUUCUCGCUUGACGGCCUCAGGGUGGACACGGCGCCUGAGGUGGCGCGGCCCUUCUGGCGGGAGUUCAGCGGUGCCGCCGGCGUGUUCACGCUGGGCGAGGUUGCAUUCACUGGGCUGGAGCGGCUGGGCUUUGUCGCGUCCUACGCCGGCCCUGGGGCGCUGGGCUCUGUGCUGUCCUACCCGAUGUACGGCGCCCUGAGGGGUGUCUUUGGGGAGGGCCAAGACAUGGACCUGUGA